AUUCAAUUUUUUUCCCAAGCUAUUUGUAAAUGGUUAACACUGAAUUCAAGUUCAAAUUUUGGUUCAAUCUUUUUGACAAGAUUAAAUUUUAGUUGAAUCUAUUCUAUCAAAAACCGGAUUAAAAAAAAACGUCCUCACUAAUGAAGCCUAAAUAAAAAUUCUGAAAUUUUCCGAAGAAGAGUUGCAAGGUGCAAGCCAUGCUUUUUAAUCCACAAGCCUGAAACCAUUUAUACUGCAGCACCGCUGUGAAAGAGAAGAAGCAAGACACCGUUGCCGCUGUGCGCGCCGUAAACUGAGCCGCCACCGCCGUUUCGCAGCCAUCUUCUUACCUAAUUCCCUGGCUCAAUCGGAUUCUCCGAAGGCUCAAGGAAAGAGAAGAAUCAGUAACCAUGAAACUCUUCAAUCAUCUCCGAAACCUAAACGGCACCACAACCCACCGCAUUCUCCGUAAUCGAUUUCACCCUCUUUUCAACAACACCAAAUUCUUCUCCGAUGCUCCAUUUCCUCAACAACCAACAACCUCACACGUUAAACCACCUUCGCCUCCUUCUUCCUUGAACCGCAACGAACUCGCCAAGUUCGCUGCCAUUGCUGAAUCAUGGUGGGAUUCUGAAGGGCCUUUUAAACCAUUGCAUGUGAUGAAUCCUACAAGACUUGCUUUCAUCCGCUCUGCACUGUGUCGACAUUUCAAGAAGGACCCUUACAGUGCUAAACCCCUUGAAGGACUUAAAAUUGUUGAUGUGGGUUGUGGAGGUGGAAUUCUUUCAGAGCCAUUAGCUCGGAUGGGAGCUACUGUGACGGGUGUUGAUGCUGUGGAAAAGAAUAUCAAAAUUGCUCGACUUCAUGCUGAUUUGGAUCCAACAACUUCAACUAUUGAGUUUUGUUGCACAACAGCUGAGAAGCUAGUUGAAGAAGGAAGAAAAUUUGAUGCAGUCAUGGCCUUGGAGGUUAUCGAGCACGUUGCAAAUCCUUCAGAGUUCUGCAAAUCUCUUGCAGCAUUAACAAUUCCAGAUGGAGCUACUGUCAUAUCGACAAUUAAUCGUUCAAUGAGAGCCUAUGCAACUGCCAUUGUUGCCGCAGAAUACAUCCUUCGAUGGCUUCCAAUGGGAACACAUGAGUGGUCCAGUUUUCUUACUCCAGAGGAGCUAGUUCUGAUCCUGCAGCGUGCCGGUAUCAAUGUGGAGGAGAUGGCAGGCUUUGCAUAUAACCCGAUGACUGGAAGGUGGUCUUUAUCAGACGAUAUAAGCGUCAAUUUCAUUGCUAUGGGCACCAAAACAAACAACACUGAAUAGAGUAUAGGAUAGAUAAAAAAAUUACUUAAUACUUGCUCUUAAUUUAUUUAUUUAUUUGUAAGAAUGAUAUUAAAUUAGUCCUGAAUGCUGAAUAAAUAUUGAAGUUUAAAAAGACACCAGAAAAAUAUUGGGUUGGUUAUGAACUCUCAAACUGUUUCUUGGUUAUAAAUAUUGCUGGUUUCUCUGGAUACAAAGGGAACUCAACAUCCUCAAAGCUGAAUUGCUAGCUAUUCUGCAAAGUUUUUAUCAAGCCAGGAUGUUCACCCAUGUUGUGUGUUACCCCGAUUCUCUGCUGUGUCAAUCUAAUGAAGUGGUAACUUCUGAGUUUCACAAGUAUGCUACACCAUUAUUCCAGACAUCUGGGAUAUGCUGCAAUUGUAUUAAAGUGCCAAACUGAUUCACACCGUCAGAGAAGGCAACUCCUAUGCAGAUUUCAAGGCCAAGUUUUGUGCUACCAAUGAUGACUUUGUGAUGUAGUUAUGACAAUCCACCUCAAAUACUAAGCAUUAUAAUUUUUUGCUUAUUGUUCAAGGAUCACAUUUGUGAGAACCUAA